GCCAUGUCGGGACUCCUCCCAGGGCCCCCCACUUUAACUGCAGGGGUUGGACCACGCCCUGGCCCAAAGCACCCGGCACCAAGGUUCUGGGUCUCAGUUGCCCCACGGAGUCGACCUCUGGCGCGAUGGUGGCCGUCUGGCUGGUGCCCGUCGGGCAGAAACUGCUGCUCUGGGGCGCGCUCAGCGCCAUCACCCUGGUGGGCGCCACCCUCAUCCUGAGCUUCCUGCAGAUGAUGGUGACCUACGCGCGUAACUGGCUGCAAAUGAGGCCCAUCCCCAGCAUUUCGGGCGCCUACCCCUUCCUGGGACACGCGCUGAUCCUGAAAGAAGGAGGGACAGAGUUUUUCCAGCAGGUGAUUUACUACACCGAAAGCAACAGACAUGUGCCAAUGAUAAAAAUCUGGCUUGGCACAGUACCAGUAAUAGUCAUGUAUAAAGCCGAAAUUAUAGAGGUAAUUUUAACUAGCUCAAAGCAAAUUGACAAGUCUUAUCUGUACAGGUUUGUAGAACCAUGGCUUGGCCUAGGACUUCUUACCAGUACUGGAAACAAAUGGCGCUCCAGGAGAAAAAUGUUAACACCCACUUUCCAUUUUACCAUUCUGGAAGACUUCUUAGAUGUCAUGAAUGAACAAGCCAACAUAUUGGUUAAUAAGCUUGAAAAACAUGUUGACGGAGAAAAAUUUAACUGCUUUUUUUACAUCACUCUUUGUGCCUUAGAUAUAAUCUGUGGUACGUCUCAUGGAUUUGUUUCUAGAGCUAUGGUGCACCAAAUAGGUACUCAAGCAAUGCACAUUUUGAUAUAUCAGCUGAUACAUUUACAUCCUGUUUAUAGGAUGAGUGACUUGAUACAUCGAAGAAUCAAGAAGAUUUGGUUCUGGCAUGACGUUUUGUACCUUUUGUUUAAAGAUGGAAGGGACCACAGAAGGAACCUAAAGAUCUUACAUAAUUUUACCACCAAUGUCAUCAAUGAACGGGCCAAUGAAAUAAAGAGAGAUGAAGAACGUAAAAGUGAUGACAGAGGCACGACCCUCUCCAAGAGAAAACGCAAGGCUUUUCUCGACCUGCUUUUAAAUGUGAUGGAUGAUGAAGGGAACAAGCUAAGCUUUGAGGCUAUUCAAGAAGAAGUGGACACUUUUAUGUUUGAGGGCCAUGACACAACUGCAGCUGGAAUGAACUGGGCCUUGUACCUAUUGGGUUGCCAUCCAGAAGUCCAGAAAAAAUUAGGCAAUGAACUGGAUGAAGUGUUUGGUAUGUAUGGCCCCUUCACUACUUACACGGAAGGUCCCAAAUCACUGAAACAAAUGGCAUUCUUGCUCAUUAAGAAUGUGCAGUCGGGCCUGUUCUAAAGACACUGUAAUAAGCAGAAAGGCUGCCAUAU